GCUAGGUUAGCUGCUAACUGCUCAUUAGCUUUAGCAUCAGCCAGCUAAAAGUAAGCUUAAUUUAUUUCAUAUUUUCAUGUUUUGGAAGGUUAAGGGAAUAAUAUAAACACAUCUACUAGGGGUUAUCUCAUGCUCACCAAUGUACCCCAACAAGAGUGUUUGACGUCAACUAAAGUUAGCUUGUUUGCAACUGUCAAAUUAAGUGUAACAGUUUUUUUUAUCGAAAGGAUUAAUGUUAAUGUUUAACAUGUCAUUUAAUUAUCUCAAGGCUUUUAUUGUCAUUCGUACAUAGCUACAGUCUAGUUAUGUCGUUGAAAAUCUUAGGUCACAGGCUCCUCCAACAGUGCAACACAAUAAAACAGAUAAAAUAGUGCAAGUAAAUACAAAUUAAUCUUGUUGUAUUAUUACGUUGGCUUAAUAAUAAUGUUAAGUUGUUUGUACAGCUAUUAAAUAUAAUACAUAUGUUCCUAACAGUUUUUAUCUUUGUUUCAGGAGAUCAUUUACAGUAACUGCAAUCUAUGCUGUUGAGUUUCAAGCUUUGAGGAGUGUUUGGAUUCACUUAGUAAACAGACGUCUUCUAUUAUUGAAAUCCUUUUAGGGUGACAUUGGCUUCUAAAUUAAAGGUGACCCUUGAUAGACCUUUCUCCCUGUUGCUGGAAACUAGACAGUCUAGAUCAUUUUCAGUCAGAUGAAAUGCAAACAAUUCUCCUUGACAAUACCAUUAGUUCAGGUAGUUCAGUAAUAACUGCUUCUACAGUAGUGCUGUGUUUGUCUGCAACCUCUAUUUUGUAACUAAAAACGUAUUUCCCUAAAGGUUGACAAAAUGUCACGUCCACGGUCCAGAUCACCGCAUUACAGGAGGUUCCCAUGGGAUGAACCCGACUUUGAUCAUCACAAAGUUGUUGCAGACCUGGACACUAAUCCGUCAGAUAGGAGCCCCUUCCCUGAGGAACACUGGGGUUACUUUAGGGAGGACAUGCACCCUGAAGCCCAGCGAAGAUCCCCCCCUUUCCAAGAUGACCGUCAGUUUGGGCAUCAACGUCAUCCAACCAAGGAGGACUUUCACCACAGAAGACUACUAUCGUCGCAUCGUGAUGCUGUUGGCUUUGAAGAUGACCGGAGGCUUUCCCCGCUGCAAGAUGGAGCAGGAGAUAGACACAGAGGAGGCUUCAAAGAAAUAUUCCAGAGUUUUGAAAACAGGCAGAGGUUGCCACAGUCGCCUCCAAGGUUCGAGAGGGAAACACUGCCGCUGACGCCAAGGCCUCACUUAGACCACAAACAAAGAGAGCCAGUAGGAGGCUGGAGGAGAGAGGAGCAGGGCAGAGGUCAAGGGGGGUUCAGGGACCUCAGUCCCAGUGUGAGAUCGGAUGACCAGAGAGGAGGACCAGGUAGGGAGAGAGAAAAGAGGAACACACAGGGUCCUUUUAGAGACAGACGGAGAGAGGAUUCACAGCAGGAGAGGAACCCCUCCUUUAAAAAGCAAAGAAGAGAAAUGGAUGACGCCACUCACCUUGGGAAUGAGGAGGACUUUGGGCAACAGCGUUACUCGGUGAACUCUCCCAGAGAUAGGUUUGGAGGAGACGCUCAGGUGGGCCUCCCCCGUAGAGACAUUCGGCACUCGGGAGCACUCGUCAUUGAACAUGAUCACGGCAUCGCAAACAGCAGACAACCGAUGGCAAAAUGUAGCAGUCGUGGAGACCCUGACUUUGGUCGACCUAGGAGUCCCCGUCCCAUGAGCUCCUCCCAGGAGCGUUUUAGGGCGCCGGACAGCAGGGUGGAUGAUGGUGAAAACACAAGGGGACGCCAUUUUCAAGAUAACUGGAAAGAAUCCAACUGUAAUGAAACGAGGAGGAUCCCCACGCCCCAAGAUAUACCAAACCCCGUGAAAUAUGGUAAUCGAGGUCAUGUGAACCACAGGGGGAGGGGCGGUCCUCGCCAAGCAAAAGGGCAAUUUAAUCGCGGUCAAGGAGGACGGACCCCACUUCCAAGGAAUCAACCUCGCGUACAGCAGUCCUCCCAGGGAUACCAAGAUCUUGAAGAGCAAAGACCAGCUUUCCGACCCUUAAGGGAUGAUUCCUACGAGGAUCCCAUUGAAGAGGAGCAUGAGUGGGCAGAAGAAGACAGAAUUCAGCAGUGGGAACCUCAGAGGCCUGUAAGCGUGGACCAUCGCCUAGAGAGGAAUUACUUGGACCCGAAAAUGCCCCGUCAGAGGGAACGAGGAUUGAACGAACAGAAAACCAACAACCAUACGAGCGUCGCAACGGAGGAAUCGCUAACCAUCAAAGUGGACAUGAGCCAACCCGCAAAAACAAACAGCUUGCUGUUUUACUCCUCCGACCGGCAGCUCUCGUUAGAUCUCGUUAACGUCGGCCGGCAGCGUCUGGACUUCCUGCCGAUGCUCGAGCACUCGGGCACGUACCGGGAGAGUGCCACGCACAACGGGACCUUCGCCCAGGAAAUCAUCACACUGGUGCACCAGGUCAAAGAGCAGUAUUUCAGAUCUGAUGGGGCCAGCCUGAAUGAAAGAUUCUCAACGCCUCAGAAAGGGGUCUUCUCUGAUAAGGAGGAGACCGAGGAGCUGACGCUGGACGAGAGGUUCAGCGAAAACCGAGGCUUCAGCUUAAAUAUGAACUCGCUGCUUGACGAAGAAGAGACUCUGUUCUCCAGACUGGGACCCUUACCGCCGGUGCGUGGCCCGGGGGACCUGAGGCACGACCUGGAGCGGAGGAGGCAGGAGAGACUGGAGGGAGUCAAAGUCACGAUAUCAGGGAGCAAUAUGUCACAGCGCCCCCUCGGGCCCAUCAGCGAGCCGAGUUUAGAGUACGAAGACAAAAUGUCUCCGAUGGAGGAGGAAGGCUUCUCCAACUGGCCGGAGGAGCAGAGCAGGAGGCGAGAAGGAAACAUGGGACCAAGGAGAGGCGCUCCCUUCGCCUCCCAGCGCAGAAACACUCGCCCCGUUAACCGGCUCGGACCAAUGAGACGACCAAACAACUGAAACCCCCCCGCAGGUCCUAACUGGUGAUCGGAAACUGGACAUGUAUCCUGUUACGGAUGACUUUUAAACCUUACCUUCAAAAAAAGCCAAUCAAAUGUAUAUUGUUUCCAUUUCAGGACGAAGAAAUGGUGCCGGUUUUUCCCUUGCAUCAAAUUGUGAAGAAGUCUCAGUGAAGAACAAGCUAUUUGAUUAAGAUGAAUGUUGAAACCUACAUUCACACCUUUCCAUCUUUGUUUAAAUGUGUCUUUGUGUUUUUGAUCGAUACACUUCGUCUUUAUCGAGUCUUGAUUUUAAAGCAAUGCUUUUUUUUUAACUCAAAUGGUCGCUGUUUAUCAGAACUCUUUUCAUUUUCGAACAUCUACAGGUUUAUUGUUGGAGAUGAAUACAUUUAGUUCAUGGCGCUCGUGUGAAUCAACGGUACUUAAAAAAAACGCUCUUUGUUCACUAAGUCGUUAUUUCUGUCUUUGUCUCAGAUUUAUCACGUCUGUACCGUUUAGUUUAACGUCACACAGUUAUUGCUGAAUAAAUACAAUAUUUCUCA